GGUCCGGGGGCCCCUGGCCGCGCCGCUGCCACUGACGCACCGGGAACCGCACCGGGAGCCGCAAGAGCCCGCGGGACGCGAUGCGAGUCCGGAGGAAGCCAGGGCACCACAGGGCACGGCAGCAUGGACCGCAGUGACAGUGGUCGCCUGAGUGAGCUUCAGACAGAUAUGCAGCCUUAGAGUGGCUGACCAAGCCUGACGUGAUGGCCGCUCAGCGGAUCCGCGCGGCCAACGCCAACGGGCUCCCCCGGUGCAAGUCCGAGGGGGCCCUGAUCGACGUGAGCGAAGGGUUCGAGAGCAGCUUCGAUGAUGUCAAAGUGCCUUCCCCCAGUGCCUUGCUCACCGACAGCCCCACGCCGUUUGGCAGCGCCAAGGAGGUGGUGGCCAUCCGGGACCACUGCCCCACCAACUUCACCACGCUCAAGUUCUCUCGGGGAGACCACCUGUACGUGCUGGACGCGUCAGGCGGCGAGUGGUGGUACGCACACAACACCACCGAGAUGGGCUACAUCCCCGCAUCCCACGUGCAGCCCCUCGACUGCCGCCUCUCCACGCUCAGUGACAGCGGCGUGAUCGAGCCCGUAGCCGACAGCCCAGAUGAGGCAGCCCGUGAGCUGGACCUGCUGGGGGGCUGGCCUGAAGAGCGGGCGCCCCGCCGGCCCACCAGCAACAAUCCCUUCUGGAAUGGGGUACAGACAAACCCCUUUCUAAAUGGCCACGGGCCAGCUGCCCCCACCCCUGCCCCGUCCAGUGCACCAGAGCCCCCUAAUGCUGUGGAUCUCCUGCUCUUCGACUCCACCACCGCCCCUUCUGCUGAGCUCGCUGCCUGCCUUGGAGCCCCAGAGCCGCCCGCUGCCAGGCGGGACAACCCCUUCUUCCGUAGCAAACGUUCCUACAGCCUGUCGGAGCUGUCGGUGCUGCAGGCCAGGUCAGAUGCCCCCACUACCUCGGGUUUCUCAUCGGGCCUCCAGUCCCCGGCACCUGAGCAGUUCCAGAGCCGCGAGGACUUUCGGGCCGCCUGGCUCAGCCACCGCAAGCUCGCCCGCUCCUGCCACGACCUGGACUUGCUGGGCCAGAAUCCCGGCUGGGGCCAGACACAGGCCAUGGAAACCAGCGUGGUAUGCAAGCUGGGCAGUGCUGGGGGUGCUGUGCGGCUCCCUGACACGGGGAUCAGCCUGCACGUGCCCGAGGGCCAUGUGGGCCCUGGGGAGACACAGCAGGUGUCCCUGCGGGCCCUCCCUGACCCCCCGUUGGAACUCAACAGCGACCGCUGCAGCAGUGUGAGUCCUGUGGUGGAGCUGAAGGUGAGCACGCUGGAGGUGAGGACGGGCCUGGUGCUAGAGGUGAAGGUAUCCGCUGAGGUCAAGGCUGAUGCAUUCAGCCAGAGCACUGUGGGCCUGCAGUGUCUGCGCAGCGAUGCCAAGGAGGGACCCUAUGUGCCGGCACCUCUGAGCUAUAGUCAAGGGGACACGGUGCAGGUGCAGCUGGACAACCUGGAGCCUUGCAUGUACCUGGCCCUGGUGGCACAUGGCCCUGACAUUCUGUACCCCGCCACCGUCUGGGACUUUAUCCACAAGAAGGUGACUGUGGGGGUGUACGGCCCUAAGCACAUUCAUCCAUCCUUCAAGACCGUGGUGACACUGUUUGGGCAUGACUGUGCCCCCAAGACGCUGCUGGUGAGCGAGGUAGCACGGCAGGUGCCUGGCCCGGCCCCCGUCGCCCUGCAGCUCUGGGGGAAGCACCAGUUCCCGCUGGCGAGGCCACAGGACCUGCAGGUGUGUGUCUUCCCCAGCGUAAGCAGCUACGAGGUACAGGCAGGCGCUGCACCAGCCCGCGUGGUGCGUGGCUUCCAGCUGAAGCUGGGCAAGGCGAGCCGCCUCCUCUUCCCCAUCGCGUGCCGAGGCACAACCGAGUUGGCUGACUUUACGCUCUGUGUGCAGAUCAAGGACGAGCACCAGGCCGUGCUGGCCCAGUUCUGCGUGAGGACACCACCACCGCCACCCAAGAGCGCUGUCAAGCCCGCUGGGCCUCGGCGCUUCCUCAAGAAGAACGAGGUGGGCAAGAUCAUCCUAUCACCCUUUGCUGCCACUACAAAAUACCCUACUUUCCAGGACCGGCCCGUGGGCAGCCUCAAGUUCGGGAAGCUGCUCAAGACCGUGGUCCGGCAGAGCAAGAGCCAUUACCUGCUGGAGUACCGCAAGGGCGAGGUGGUGGCGUUGCUCAGCGAGGAGAAGAUCCGGCUGCGGGGCCAGCUCUGGACCAAGGAGUGGUACAUCGCCUACCACCAGGGCCGUGUGGGGCUGGUACAUGCCAAGAAUGUGCUGCUGCUGGGCCGGGCCCGGCCCUCUCUGCUGCCGGGGCCCGAACUCAGCACGUCGAUGCUGCUCGAGCAGAUCCUGCGGCCGUGUAAGUUCCUCACCUACAUCUAUGCUUCGGUGCGCACACUGCUCAUGGAAAACGUGGGCAGUUGGCGGGCCUUUGCCGACGCUCUGGGCUACAGCCACCUGCCACUCACCGCCUUCUGCCGUGCCGAGCUGGACAGCGAGCCCGAGCGAGUUGCGUCGGUGCUGGAAAAGCUGAAGGAGGACUGUAACAACGCCGAGAGCAAGGAACGCAAGUCCUUCCAGAAGGAACUCAUGAUGGCCUUGCUGAAGAUGGACUGCCAGGGCCUGGUGGUCAGGCUUAUUCAGGACUUUGUGUUACUGACCACAGCUGUGGAAGUGGCGCAGCGCUGGCGGGAGCUGGCCGAGAAGCUGGCCAAAGUCUCCAAGCAACAGAUGGAUGCCUAUGAGUCUCCGCACCGUGACCGGAAUGGGGUGGUGGACAGUGAGGCCAUGUGGAAGCCCGCCUAUGACUUUCUCCUCACCUGGAGCCACCAGAUUGGAGACAGCUACCGGGAUGUCAUCCAGGAGUUGCACUUAGGCCUGGACAAGAUGAAAAACCCCAUCACCAGGCGCUGGAAACACCUCACAGGGACACUGAUCCUAGUAAACUCUCUGGACGUACUGCGGGCUGCAGCCUUUAGCCCUGUUGACCAUGAUGACUUCGUGAUCUGAAAGGGCCCGCCUCCCGAUUGGGCCACGCCUACUCAGUCCACGCCUGCCUCCCAGGCCACGCCUACCCAGGAGCUACACCUCUGGCUCGGGCCACACCUACAUCCUGAGCCACGCCCCAUUGGGCCAUACCUC